AUGAAAUUCUCAUUUCAGAGAUACAUCAAGAAAAAACUAAAUUCGAAAAAAUACUUCGGUGAACAACGACAACAAAAGGAGCUACGAAAUGCUGUCAAAGCAUUAUUGCUGAUAUUGCAGGACGGUCACAAACGCACCAUCAACGACCUAAAAAUCUUGGAUCAAAUGCAAACAUGGCUUGAAAAGCGAAAUGAAUUUGACCCGAAGCUUAUCUUCGACCAACUUUGUUCCAUGUAUCAUGAAAAUCAUCUCAAAUAUUCGUUAUUAAUUGCGUUUUUUUAUUACUGGAGGAUUGGAACGGAAACAGAUCGCAAACGUGCCUUUGAAAUAUAUCAACGGGCAGCAAAAUAUGCUGCUGCCACGGGUGAUCUCGAAUCACAAGUUACGCUUGCUUUGCAGUAUGUUGGUGGUAAUGGGGUUCGGAAGAACACUGCAAAGGGUUUCUAUUGGAUGAAACAAGCUGCAGAGGGUGGAAGUAUUUCUGCACAAAUUAAGGUGGCUGAAUAUUAUCAAGAUGGUGUUGGAACUAGUGGUGCAGAUAAGCGUAGAAUAUCUUCAUGA